UGCGGCAGGACAGAGCGAGAACCUGCGCCGAAGAAAAUUUUCUUCCUUCAUGGCAUGUGCUGUAGGGGUUUUCUCCUCCUCCUCCUCCGGGCGCAGGCAGCAGACCCAGCAGCAGCAGCCCGGCAGCCCCGGCGCCCCAAUCCCGGACGGCGGUCAGAGCAGCGGCGGCAGCGGCAGCGGCGUUCUCCUCGGCGCCUUCCCCCGGGCGCUGGGCUCUGGGCCCUCGGCCCCAUCGUCACCACCGCCCCGGACCCUCCCGCAUCCUCCGCCCCAGCAGCAGCCCCAGAAGCAGCAGCAGCAGGAGGACCAGCAGCCCCUGGGGCCAAAGGAGCAAGCCCUCUGGCGCUCUCACCCUUCGGGGCCUCUGUGGGGCUGA